AAGAAAAGGAUCAUCGCCGUAGACUCUGAGAGCCAAGUUUACAGGCACUUCUGCACGGGUUCUCCCCGACCCUUCGCCCGCCCCUUCCAGCAGCCCCGCCAGCCGGGGUGCCCUUCGCCUCCUUGUGCGUCCAGCACCCGCGGUUCCUGGCGAUCAUGGUGACGGUGGAGAAGCUGAAAGAGAUGGACUGCAGCGUGCUCAAAAGGCUUAUGAACCGGGAUGAGAGCGGCGGCGGCACGGGAGCCAGCGGCAGCCACGGCGCCCUGGGGCUGCUGAGCGGCGGCAAGUGCCUGCUCCUGGACUGCAGACCAUUCCUGGCUCACAGCGCGGGCUACAUCCGAGGCUCUGUCAACGUGCGCUGCAAUACGAUCGUGCGCCGGCGGGCCAAGGGCUCCGUGAGCCUGGAGCAGAUCCUGCCCGCCGAGGAAGAGGUGCGCGCCCGCCUGCGUUCCGGCCUCUACUCGGCAGUCAUCGUCUACGACGAGCGCAGCCCGCGCGCGGAAAGCCUCCGCGAAGACAGCACCGUGUCGCUGGUGGUGCAGGCGCUGCGCCGGAACGCCGAGCGCACAGACAUAUGCCUGCUGAAAGGUGGCUAUGAACGGUUUUCAUCAGAGUACCCAGAAUUCUGCUCCAAAACCAAGGCCCUGGCUGCCAUCCCACCUCCAGUGCCCCCAAGCACUGUGGAGACCUUGGAUCUGGGCUGUAGCUCCUGCGGAACCCCUCUGCACGACCAGGGGGGCCCUGUGGAGAUCCUCCCCUUCCUCUACCUCGGUAGUGCCUACCACGCUGCCCGGAGAGACAUGCUGGAUGCCCUGGGCAUCACGGCCUUGUUGAAUGUCUCCUCGGACUGCCCCAACCACUUUGAAGGACACUAUCAGUACAAAUGCAUUCCUGUGGAAGAUAACCACAAGGCCGACAUCAGCUCCUGGUUUAUGGAAGCCAUUGAAUAUAUCGACGCCGUGAAGGACUGCCGCGGGCGGGUGCUGGUGCACUGCCAGGCCGGCAUCUCACGCUCUGCCACCAUCUGCCUGGCUUACCUGAUGAUGAAGAAGCGGGUGCGGCUGGAGGAGGCCUUUGAGUUUGUCAAGCAGCGGCGGAGCAUCAUCUCUCCCAACUUUAGCUUCAUGGGGCAGCUGCUGCAGUUCGAGUCCCAGGUGCUGGCCACGUCCUGUGCCGUGGAGGCCGCCAGCCCUUCGGGGCCCCUGCGGGAGCGAGGCAAAGCCACCUCUACCCCCACCUCGCAGUUUGUCUUCAGCUUCCCGGUCUCCGUGGGGGUGCACUCGGCCCCCAGCAGCCUGCCCUACCUGCACAGCCCCAUCACCACCUCCCCCAGCUGUUAGAGCCGCUCUCAGUCCCACAGCCGCAUCUGCUUUCAGCAGGAGGUGGGUGGGCCACGCGUGGCAGCAAGUGAAAACUGACCAGCAGGGGCCAGGUGACCAAGCUCCUUCCCCAUCCGUCUCUCCUUGGCCAUCCUCCGGGCCAGCUAGAAUGGCAAUAAGGACUUCGAAUACAUCUUACAAGCAAACAAACAAAACACUCCAACCUAGAGCAAUAAUGGCUGUCUCAGCAGCCGGGGAAGACCUUGGUUUGGGUUUGUGUGUCAGUUUUACUUUUAAGAUAGUAAUUACUUACCUCAUUUUUUUAAAGCAGUAAGGCUUGAAGUUAUGAAAUUCACAGAUCCUGGCAAAUGUGCCCAACGAGUUUUAUUGGGGGGCGGGGGGUGGGCAAGGGAUCAAGAAGCAAACACGUUUCCCAGAAGUGCCUGGAUUUGCGUUCUUGUUCCUUUUUUGUUGUCGUCAUAGUAACAGGAAUUUUGUUUU